AUGCGCGACGACGAGCGAUACCCCACGGCGGUUGUCACCGACAACUAUGCCUCGGGCCUGGAGGUCGCGGACCAGCAGCACGUCGACCCCCAUGGGCGCGACAAGCUGACGCCGGAGGAGGUGCCCAAGGACGACGUCGACAAGCAGGCGUACCACGCAGACAAGGAGGCCGUCGGGCCAGCAACAGGUGGUGCGGCUCCGGCGAGGACGUGCUGCGGCCUGAAGCGGCGGACGUUUCUCAUCGUCGUGGCUGUCGCGGCAGUCAUUGUCAUCGGAGCCGUGGUGGGAGGCGUCGUCGGCGGUCUGCGCGCGAACAAGGACAGCGACGUCAACACCAGCUCCGGCUCGGGCCCCGGCUCGGACUCGGACGCGCCACAGCCGACCUGGACGGGCACCGGCCCGGCCCCGAUACCCACGGGUCCGAUCCAGCCCAGCCAGCGCUCCCUGGCCGUCUCCGCGUCCGCCGACAACGAGACGCAGGAGCUGCAGCUCUUCUACCAGGACCUGGGCACAACAGACGUUCUCCUCCGGCGGAUACGCAACGACGAGGCACGAACAGAGCACAAGCUCAACCUCACCAUCCCGCCAGACUGGGGCACCUCCCUCGCCGCCGCCGCAGUCAACGGCACCGGCACCGGCUCCGGCUCCUCCACCACAGACCCCGUAUCGACGCAGCUCUUCUACAUCUCCAGCGCGGGCCGCGCCAACGCCAGCGUCGUGCAGGCGACGCUCGAGUGCCCGCCCCGGGGCGAAACCUGCGCGACGCGCUCCAACACCGUCGUGUCGGCCAACGUGACGGGCCACCGCGUCAACGCCCGGACGCGGCUCGCGGCGCUGCGCACCGGCGGCGGCGACGGCGGCAUCCUGCGCGUGUACUACCAGGCCGAGGACGGGAGCCUGUCGGUGCUCAACGGCGACAGGGCGGCGAGCAGCGGGUGGACGACGACGCUGGUUCGCACGGGCGUGUACAUGAGCUCGGCGAUUGUGGCGCACGGGCCGGACAAGGACGACUUGAGCUUGUAUUACAUCAACAGCACGAACCAGCUGCAGUUUCUCGAGUAUAGCGACAUACUCGGGCCGAACCGCGCGGAACCCGUCAAGACGGCCCCCGGCUCGGCGUGGGACCCCUCCGUGUCUAUGGCCGGCGUCUUCGUGCCGGGCCUCAGCCCGCGGCGCCUCUUCUACGCGCAGCCCUCCAACGGCACCAUGGUCGCCUACUACAAGCCCGGGGCCGACUUCCGCUCCAGCACCGACCCCAACUGGGGCACCGUCGACGGCGGGCUGGCCGCCGCCGCCUGGGCCCGCCAGACCCGCGUCUACUACUUCCAGGGCAAGGACCUCGUCGUGUCGGUGCAGAACGUGACGGGCUGGGAGAAGCCCAAGGUGCUCUAG